UCUCAGUUCUCUGAUCCGAUUCCAAAGGCCGAAUCUCGUCAUGUCGGCGCUGUUUAAUUUCCAUUCGUUCCUGACGGUGGUGCUGUUGGUGAUCUGCACCUGUACCUACAUCAAGAUGCAGUUCCCCACCAUUCUUGAACAGAGGACUGGGUUUCGCGGCUUCUUCUGGAAGGCAGCUAGAAUAGGUGAACGCUUAAGCCCUUGGGUGGCCUUGGGGUGCUUUGCGAUGGGCAUAUCCAUAAUUAUUUUCUGAGAGUUGAAGGUUUUUUUUAGCUGAGUUUAUACUCUGGAGUGACAGCCAGCUUGUUUUACGUACUGAACAUUGUACCACUCCGGGUUUACACAAGAAUGAACAUAAUGUUGGGCUUUUAUUGUAUUCAUCAUUGGGUUUGCAAUGAUGAAUCUGUCGAUAUCUGUUUUAUUAUUCCUCUUGUUAAUGCAAACCUUUUUGUUGGGUCGAUCUUGGUAAGAAAGCUUGCAUCGUCUCCAUCCAAAGAUUUUUAAGCUACCAUCUACUUUAGUGUGAAGAGACUCUUCCUUCAGUCCGAGCCUCGCAGCAUGGAUUAUUGUGCGUGCAGAAUCUUGUGCCCCAUGUCUAUUUUGUAUCAUCAUGCUAUUUAAGACCUUAGCAAAAAUUUCUGAGUUGCUUUGAGUUCUAAAA